CUAAUCAGGAGCUGGUCUCUUACGUUAUGUGACGUUAUUUUCAAGGAAAGAAGAUGAAUUUGUAUUCAGACCAACGGAUAACUCCGCCAUCCAAGUUAGAAUUAUUAUGCGUAUGACUUCAACGAAGACUGAAUCCAUACAAACGAACACUCAAUUUUGGUAUCUACCCUAAACAAUGGAGGCCGAACCACCCUUCAAAACAUUCUGAAAGUAAUCCUUUUAUUAUCGUGCUGAUUUUGAAUAUACCUAUAUAUUUAGAAGUACAGAAAUGCCCUCAACUAUAUCGGAUAGGACAAAGCAAACUUUCCCAGCUGAUUUCUUCAAGUGACAAGACAAUUAGAAAAUACUUUCUCCUGUAUCCCAGUUGACGACCAUAGCUAAUUACGUAAGGUCUUGAGCAAGUCCCUGUCCUCGUCGACAUUUCCAAAUGACAGUUGUUGAUCAGAGAGAAGAAUUCCCUGUAUAAAAUCUACCUCAUUUCAAGAGGAUGCAAAGCAAAGGCCUUGAACGACUCUGCUUUGGGAAGCGGCUCAUUCUUGGGAGCCUUUGUUGGCAUCGCUAUUUGGCUGCACGAAUGUUAAGCUCAUCAAGGGCUUCAACAAAGACCCACUAUGAAGUGCUAGGAGUGAAAGAUGACUGCACUCCCACUGAAAUUAAGGAUUCCUUCAUUCGCCUGUCAAAAGAGAUGCAUCCAGAUAAAAACCCGGAUCGUCCAGGAGUGCACGAAGACUUUGUUUUAAUCAACGAAGCUUAUUCAGUCUUGAGUAAGCCGCACGAACGACGAAUGUACGAUGCACAGUUGGUGUAUCAAGAACAUACAAAAACAUAUUAUCCUAGUGGGGUAGUGACAAAUGCACCCCGUGAAAGAGUUGUGUUCCAUGAUGAUUCAUUAUGGGAAUCAAGAGACAGGAGUGAGGACAAAAAAUAUGAAGGGAGAUCAUAUUAUGGGAUUAAGGGAGUUCGUCGUCUUCCAAAUAGUUAUAUAGCAUUUGGUGCUUUCAUCUUUGCCCUUCUUGGAGGAAUUUUACACUUUUAUAUAGCAAUGAAGGGGUCCCAAUUUGCUAUAAGUCAACUGGAUGAAAGGGACAGAAUUGCAAGUCGAACGUACAAAGCAGUAAGAGAGCGGGCACUCAGAAAUGGUAACGAACUGCAGAAAGCUUUGUUACUGGAAAAAUAUGAAGCUGAUAGUCAAAAAAAUAAGUAGGCAGUAUGAAAUAUGAAUGGAUGUACGAAUUUCAUUGUUUGCGUGAAGUUAUUUUACUCCUAUAUUUAUAUAUGAAAUGUUUUGUAAUGGCAGACUAACAAUGGGGGAGGAUGUAAUAUUCUAAUAAAGAUAUUUUUUGGUCUGCAUUGUAUGAUAGAGAGUCUGAUUUGGAAACAUUUGUGAUUCAAUAGCCGUAAGUGUUGUGAUAUCCCAACUCAAUUCGAAAUGUGGAUGAAUUCUUAGGUAGCUUAAGGUUUCUUCAGUUUGUAGCUGUUUUCAGCCUUUCAGAUGAAAGGCGUUUGACAUUACAAAAUCUCUGCAUUGGCAUGUGUACACAUGGUGUAGUUGUAUGUAUGUGUAAGAGGUGGUGAUUAAUGUUCCAGAAGGGAAAUGAGUCCUCUUUACUUGUUGAUGUCUAGGUCUCUUCACAAAAGGUUUAUUAUUAAUCUCAGUAGUGAUAUCCUGUGUUACAUUCAGUCAUUAGGUUAGUUGUAUAAUAGGCUUUCGUUGAAAUUAUAUACUGUAAGUUGCUGUGUUACAGAGAGUGUAUAGUUUUUGCAGUAUGUUUGGAGUAAAUGCAUUAAGAUUUUUCAUUUUUAAUGACUGACUACUUAAGAAGUUUAUGAAAUUUCUGUUAUAAAAGAACUAAUUUCUUAAUUGAUUAUUCGUGGGUCAUUUUGUAUUGGAUGGGCAAAUUAAUUUAAUUUUCAAAUUUCAGUGAAAAGUACAUUCCAGGAGUUGAGGGAAAUGGUAUAAAGUGAGGAAUGUUCUAAACCAGCAAGUUUGGUAAAUAGUACUUGUUAGAAAAUUGUAUUAUCACAUAAACUUGAAAAUGAAACAUACUUUGGCUUGAAAGGUGAAUUAAUUUACAAGAUAAACGCUUAAUCCUAGUACACAGUACUCGUAAAAUUGUAAAUAAAUGGCAAAACAUGUCUUGUAAGUAUACAAGACAUAAUUAUCUUAUUAGGUAAAUAACACUUUACUUUUACAAAAACUAUGUUAUAAUAGCAGUAUUUUUUUAAUACACUGUGCUCUAUGCACGUGACGGUCUACCUAAAUACUUCUGUUGAUAUAAACAGAAAUCAUGUGUUCACUGACACAGAAUUUGUUUACCGAUACAAAGAAUCUGUCUGGAAAAUACUGUGCAGGAAACUUGUUUAUAUUACUGUCUUCAUAUAAUAAAUUAUACCCAGAAUUUC